AUGAGUGGAGACCAUGUUAUGCAGAUUUUCGGGGACGCAGCACAAUACCUGCGCAAGUCUGAGAAGGAGAGGAUCGAGGCACAAAAUCAACCCUUUGAUGCCAAGACGUUUGUCUAUGUUACGGACAGUAAGAAUCUGUACGUGAAGGGGGUUAUCCAGAGUAAAGACGGGAAAAGUGCCACCGUGCAGACAGAUGGGGGAAGCGUUGUCACUGUCAAAGAAGAUGAUGUCUUCCCAAGAAAUCCACCCAAGUUUGACAAGAUUGAAGACAUGGCGUUACUCACUUACCUCAACGAGCCGUCCGUUCUCUUCAACCUCAAGGAACGCUAUGCCGCUUGGAUGAUCUACACGUAUUCUGGAUUGUUCUGUGUGACGGUCAACCCCUAUAAGUGGCUGCCUGUGUACAACCCUGAGGUGGUCAACGCUUACCGAGGCAAGAAGCGUAUGGAAACCCCACCACACAUCUUCUCCAUCUCUGAUAAUGCCUAUCAGUUCAUGUUGACUGAUCGAGAGAACCAAUCUAUCCUUAUCACUGGAGAAUCGGGUGCAGGAAAAACUGUCAACACCAAACGGGUCAUCCAGUAUUUUGCAACAAUUGCCGCUACUGGGGAUUCUGGGAAAAAGAAAGAAGCCGUCUCUGCAAACAAGAUGAAGGGGACUCUGGAGGAUCAGAUCAUCCAGGCUAACCCUCUCCUGGAGGCCUUCGGGAAUGCCAAGACCGUCAGGAAUGACAACUCCUCUCGCUUUGGGAAAUUCAUCCGAAUCCACUUUGGGGCCACCGGAAAACUGUCCUCCGCAGACAUCGAAACAUACUUGCUAGAGAAGUCCAGAGUGACGUUCCAGCUUCCCAGUGAGCGCAGCUACCAUAUAUUUUACCAGAUCCAGUCCAACAAGAAGCCUGAGAUUGUAGAAAUGCUGCUGAUUACCACCAAUCCCUAUGAUUAUCAUUAUACAAGUAUGGGGGAAAUCUCUGUGAAGAGUAUAGACGAUGAAGCAGAACUCAUAGCAACGGACGAAGCCAUAGACAUCCUUGGCUUCAACCAAGAAGAGAAAAUGGGGAUCUACAAGUUGACAGGUGCUGUCAUGCACUACGGCAACAUGAAGUUCAAGCAGAAGCCUCGUGAGGAACAAGCAGAGCCUGAUGGCACAGAAGAUGCAGAUAAAGCAUCUUACUUGAUGGGUCUCAAUUCCUCGGAUCUGGUCAAAUCUCUCUGUAAUCCAAGAGUUAAAGUUGGAAAUGAGUUUGUGACAAAAAGCCAAAAUAUACAGCAGGUCAACAACUCGAUUGGAGCUCUAGCCAGGUCGGUUUUUGAGAAACUUUUCCUUUGGAUGGUGAUUCGUACCAACCAGCAGCUUGACACAAAGCAAUCUAGGCAGUAUUUCAUUGGGGUCUUAGAUAUUGCUGGAUUUGAGAUCUUUGAUUUCAACACUUUUGAACAACUUUGCAUCAACUUCACCAAUGAGAAGCUGCAGCAGUUCUUCAACCACCACAUGUUUGUACUGGAGCAGGAGGAGUACAAGAAGGAGGGGAUUGAGUGGGAGUUCAUUGACUUCGGCAUGGACUUGGCUGCCUGCAUCCAACUUAUCGAGAAGCCGAUGGGAAUCUUUUCAAUCCUCGAAGAGGAGUGUAUGUUUCCGAAAGCUUCCGAUACUACCUUCAAGAACAAACUCUAUGACCAACAUCUUGGGAAGUCACCUAAUUUCCAAAAGCCUAAACCAGGCAAAGGGAAAGGGGAAGCUCACUUUUCUCUGGUGCAUUAUGCCGGCACUGUAGACUAUAAUAUCACCGGUUGGCUGGAGAAGAACAAGGACCCCCUGAACGAGACCGUGGUGGGACUGUAUCAGAAGUCUUCUGUCAAGCUUCUCGCCAAUCUCUUUUCCACUUUUUCCUCUACUGAAGAAGCCGGUAAAGGAGGGAGUAAGAAGAAGGGGUCUUCUUUCCAGACUAUGUCCGCAUUGUUCAGGGAAAAUCUGAACAAGCUGAUGUCGAACCUGAAGACCACUCAUCCACACUUUGUCCGCUGUCUAAUCCCUAAUGAGAGCAAGACACCAGGUGAGAUGGAUAACCACCUCGUCAUCCACCAGCUGCGGUGCAAUGGUGUACUGGAAGGAAUACGAAUUUGUCGAAAGGGAUUUCCGAGCAGAAUUCUCUAUGGGGACUUUAAGCAAAGGUACAAGGUCCUGAACGCCAGCGCCAUCCCUGACGGGCAGUUUAUUGACAGCAAGAAGGCCUGUGAGAAGCUUCUCGGCUCCAUUGAUAUCGAUCACAGCCAGUAUAAAUUUGGCCACACAAAGGUCUUCUUCAAAGCGGGUCUUCUAGGUAUUCUGGAGGAGAUGAGAGACGACCGCCUGGCCCAGCUGAUCACGCGCACUCAGGCCAUCUGCAGAGGAUACCUCAUGAGGGAGGAAUUCAAGAAAAUGCUGCAGAGAAGAGACUCCAUCACAACAAUUCAGUACAAUGUCCGCUCCUUCAUGAACGUCAAGCACUGGCCAUGGAUGAAAUUGUUCUUCAAGAUCAAGCCGCUCCUGAAGAGUGCCGAGACUGAGAAAGAACUGCAGACCCUGAAAGAAGAAGUGCAGAAGAUCAAGGAGGAACUGACCAAGUCAGAGGUUCGAAGGAAACAGGUGGAGGAGAAACUGGUGUCGCUGACACAAGAGAAGAAUGACCUUCUACUCCAAGCCCAUUCGGAAAAUCAGAAUUUGGCUGAUGCAGAAGAAAGAUGUGAUGAGCUAAUCAAGACCAAGAUCCAAUUGGAGGCAAAAGUGAAGGAACUGAUGGACAGAAUGGAAGAUGAAGAGGAGAUGACUUCUGACCUCACAACCAAGAAGAGGAAACUAGAAGAUGAGACCAGGGAGCUGAAGAAGGACCUUGAUGACCUGGAACUGACCUUGGCCAAAGUGGAGAAGGAGAAACAUGCCACAGAAAAUAAGGUGAAGAAUCUGACUGAGGAGAUGGCUGCAUUAGAAGAGGCAAUUGUGAAAGUAAACAAAGAAAAGAAAGCCAUCCAAGAGGCUCACCAGCAGACAUUGGAUGACCUACAGGCAGAAGAAGACAAGGUCAACAGUCUUACAAAGAUGAAGAUGAAACUGGAGCAACAAGUGGACGAACUGGAAUCUGCACUCGAGCAGGAGAAGAAAGUCCGUGCUGACCUGGAGAGAACUAAAAGAAAACUGGAGGGGGAUUUGAAGCUCAGCCAGGAUACCAUAAUGGACCUUGAGAAUGAUAAAGUCAACUCAGAGGAAAAACUUAAAAAAAAGGAUUUUGAAGUUGCUGAGAUACAGAGAAGAAUUGAAGACGAACAGAUGACCAAUGUUCUACUGCAAAAGAAGAUUAAGGAACUACAGGCUAGUAAUGAAGAACUACAUGAAGAAAUCGAGUCAGAACGGGCAGCUCGGGCCAAAGUAGAGAAGCAGCGGGCAGAAUUGUCUAGGGAGUUAGAAGACAUCAACGAAAGACUGGAAGAAGCUGGAGGAGCAAGUGCCGUUCAAGUCGAAAUGAACAAGAAGAGGGAGGCAGAAUUCCACAAACUGCGUAGAGAUCUAGAAGAAGCCACCUUACAGCAUGAAUCUGUUGUGGCCACCAUGAGGAAAAAGCAGGCUGACAGCAUGGCUGAACUUGGAGAGCAAAUCGAAAAUCUUCAACGGAUCAAGCAAAAAUUGGAGAAAGAGAAGACUGAGCUCAGGAUGGAAACAGAUGACUUGGCAGGAAACAUGGAGUCUGUCUCUAAAUCCAAGGCUAAUUUAGAAAAGAUGUGCCGGCUGUUAGAGGACCAACUUUCUGAAAUGAAGACUCAACAUGACGACAACGUCCGUCUUAUCAAUGACCUCACCACUCAAAAGACUCGCCUACAGAAUGAACAUGGGGAAUUAUCUCAUUUAGUGGAAGAAAAAGAAGCUUUUAUUUCUCAACUAAGCAGAGCCAAAACGGCCUUUACGCAACAGGUCGAAGACUUCAGAAGAGUCCUUGAAGAAGAAACCAAGGCUAAAAACGCCCUUGCCCAUGCUCUUCAGUCUGCUCGCCACGACUGUGAUCUUCUACGUGAACAGUUUGAUGAGGAACAAGAAGCUAAAGCCGAGCUUCAACACAUGUUGUCCAAAGCCAACAAUGAAACUGCAACCUGGAGGACUAAGUAUGAGACAGACGCCAUUCAACGGACUGAGGAACUUGAAGAAGCCAAGAAGAAACUAGCUCAACGUCUUCAGGAAGCUGAGGAGCACGUCGAAGCCAUGAACUCCAAGUGUUCUUCUCUGGAGAAAACUAAGCAGAGACUACAGAUGGAAGUAGACGACUUAAUGAUGGACGUAGAGAGGUCAAACACAGCGGCUGCUGCUCUGGAUAAGAAACAAAGGAGCUUUGACAAGGUUAUAGGGGAAUGGAAACAGAAGUGUGAAGAGUACCAGACUGACCUGGAGAUCUCCCAAAAAGAAUCAAGGACUAUGAGCACAGAACUCUUUAAGAUGAGGAACACAUAUGAAGUCACCUUGGAUCAACUUGAGACAAUUAAACGCGAGAACAAAAUUCUCCAGCAGGAGAUGUCAGACCUGACCGAUCAAAUUAGUGAGACUACGAAGAGUGUUAGCGAGCUGGAAAAAGCCAGAAAGCAGGUGGAGCAGGAGAAAGCCGACUUGCUCUCUACUUUAGAGGAGACCGAGGGAAGUCUGGAGCAUGAAGGAGCAAAAAUUCUUCGUAUCCAACUGGAGCUGAACCAGGUGAGGUCAGACGUGGACAGGAAAUUAGCUGAGAAGGAGGAGGAGAUUGACCAGCUGAAACACAGCAGUCAGAGGACAAUAGAUGCCUUGAAUGCAACUCUUGAGUCUGAAGUAAGGAGCAGGAAUGAUGCUAUGAGGGCUAAGAAGAAAAUGGAAGGAGACUUGAAUGAGAUGGAGAUGCAGCUUAGUCACGCCAACCAGGUGGUGGCUGAGAGCCAGAAACAGCUGAAGAACCUACAGACAGAGAUCAAGGGAGCCCAAAUACAACUUGAUGAGUUGGCCCAUGCCAAUGAUGAUCUAAAAGAGCACUUCAGUGUGAUGGAGCGAAGGAAUCUCUUGCAGCAGACAGAAAUUGUAGAGCUACAGACAACCCUAGAGCAGACUGAGAAAGUUCGAAAAUUGGCUGAACAAGAACUUCUGGAUGUUACUGAGAGAGUCCAGCUUCUACACAGUCAGAACACUGGUCUACUCAAUGCCAAGAAGAAGCUGGAAAGUGAUGCAGCGCAGCUCCAGUCUGAAGUUGAAGAUGCUGUCCAAGCAUUGCGGAAUGCAGAAGAAAAAGCUAAGAAGGCAAUCACAGAUGCCGCCAUGAUGGCCGAAGAACUAAAAAAAGAGCAGGACACCAGUGCCCACUUGGAGAGGAUGAAAAAGAACAUGGAGCAGUCGGUGAAGGACCUUCAAAAUCGUCUUGAUGAAGCCGAGCAGCUGGCUUUGAAGGGUGGAAAGAAACAACUUCAGAAACUGGAGGCCAGGGUCCGGGAACUGGAAAAUGAGUUGGACGCCGAGCAGAAGCAAAGUGCAGAGAACACGAAAACUUACAGGAAAGUGGAACGGAAACUUAAAGAAGUGGCCUAUCAGUCAGAAGAAGACAAGAAGAAUGUCCUGAGACUUCAAGACCUGGUCGAUAAGCUACAGGCUAAAGUCAAGUCGUACAAGAGGCAGAUGGAGGAACAGGAGGAACAAACCAAUGUUUAUCUGGCAAAACUGAGGACCCUUCAGCACGAGCUGGACGAGGCCGAGGAGCGAGCAGACAUUGCUGAAUCCCAGCUCAACAAGCUCCGAGCAAAGAGCCGUGACUUUUCUACCAAGGUAUUGAUCACGACUUGUCGUCAGCUCACACACAACAUUCUAGCUCCACCCCUCACCUCUAACAGCCCAGCUCCACCCCUCACCUCUAACAGCCCAGCUCCACCCCUCACCUCUAACAACCUAGCUCCACCCCUCACCUCUAACAGCCCAGCUCCGCCCCUCACCUCUAACAGCCCAGCUCCGCCCCUCACCUCUAACAGGCCAGCUCCACCCCUCACCUCUAAUAGGCCAGCUCCACCCCUCACCUCUAACAGCCCAGCUCCACCCCUCACCUCUAACAGCCCAGCUCCACCCUUCACCUCUAACAGCCCAGCUCCGCCCCUCACCUCUAACAGCCCAGCUCCACCCCUCACCUCUAACAGCCCAGCUCCGCCCCUCACCUCUAACAGCCCAGCUCCGCCCCUCACCUCUAACAGCCCAGCUCCACCCUUCACCUCUAACAGCCCAUCUCCGCCCCUCACCUCUAACAGCCCAUCUCCGCCCCUCACCUCUAACAGCCCAUCUCUGCCCCUCACCUCUAACAGCCCAUCUCCGCCCCUCACCUCUAACAGCCCAUCUCCGCCCCUCACCUCUAACAGCCCAUCUCCGCCCCUCACCUCUAACAGCCCAUCUCCGCCCUUCAACUCUAACAGCCCAGCUCCACCCCUCACCUCUAACAGCCCAGCUCCGCCCCUCACCUCUAACAGCCCAGCUCCGCCCCUCACCUCUAACAGCCCAGCUCCACCCCUCACCUCUAACAGCCCAUCUCCGCCCCUCACCUCUAACAGCCCAUCUCCGCCCCUCACCUCUAACAGCCCAUCUCCGCCCCUCACCUCUAACAGCCCAUCUCCGCCCCUCACCUCUAACAGCCCAUCUCCGCACUUCACCUCUAACAGCCCAUCUCCGCCCUUCACCUCUAACAGCCCAGCUCCACCCCUCACCUCUAACAGCCCAGCUCCACCCUUCACCUCUAACAGCCCAGCUCCACCCCUCACCUCUAACAGCACAGCUCCACCCCUCACCUCUAACAGCACAGCUCCACCCCUCACCUCUAACAGCCCAGCUCCGCCCCUCACCUCUAACAGCACAGCUCCACCCUUCACCUCUAAAAGCCAAUCUCCGCCCCUCACCUCUAACAGCCCAGCUCCGCCCCUGUUGCUGGGUUGCUGGAUAUAUCUCUUACAGCCCCAUAAAGCUGAGUGGAGCAGUGGACACACAUGCUUGAUCACCACUCCAUUCAGAUGA